AUGGGCACAGUCCUGUCGCUGUCUCCUGGCUCACGGAGAUCCAGUAUACUGGAGGAUGGCACCGACUCCAAAUCCUUGGGUCACUACCACGCUAUCCAAAGCGCCAAGAACAACAGCCAGAAGGAGAAGGGUCUGAAACGCCAUUCUAUGUUUAUCCCAGCCUUGACUUGGAAGAGGCUAGUCGCCUCCACCAAGAAGCGGAACUCUAGGAAACCAAACCCCGGUAACUACCAUCACCAGAACGACGUGGUCCACCUCAACAGCGAGAAUGUGAAGAAAUCGCUGUCCUGCGCCAACCUUUCCAGCUACGAACCGCAGGCGGACCCUUCGGGGAGCAAACCAACCUCUUCCAUCAAAAAGACAGCUUCCCAGAGCGGGCCCGGCUCCCCCAAGCGGGUGAUCGUGCAGGCAUCCACCAGCGAGCUGCUCAAGUGCCUGGGGGAGUUCCUGUGCCGCCGCUGCUACAAGCUGAAGCACUUGGCUCCCACCGAGCCGGUGCUGUGGCUCCGCAGUGUCGACCGCUCCUUGCUCCUGCAAGGCUGGCAGGACCAAGCGUUCGUCACCCCGGCCAACGUGGUCUUUGUCUACCUGCUCUGUAGGGAUGUCAUCGACGGAGACCAAGUGGCCACCGAGCACGACCUGCAAGCCACCCUGCUAACCUGCCUCUACCUCUCCUACUCCUACAUGGGCAAUGAGAUCUCAUACCCGCUGAAGCCCUUCCUGGUGGAGAGCGCCAAAGACGCUUUCUGGGACCGCUGCCUCCGCAUCAUUGACACCAUGAGCAGCAAAAUGCUCCAGAUCAACGCCGACCCUCACUACUUCACCCAGGUCUUUGCCGAUCUCAAAAACGAGGGGACCCCAGAUGACUUUAGUAGGAUUUCCCUUACUUUGGAUCGGUGA